AUGCUUCUACUAUUGUUCCGCAUCCUCUGCCAAAGGGUCGCGUGGCGACCGGCAGCCGCCGUACUGGCGAUUUUGGUUAUCCCGUCUAGUUUGAUAGUUUCUUUUAUGGCAGCGGCCAAUACCUCCUUCUAUGUCUUCACCGGUGCCGAGAUUCACUGGCGCCAAGCCAAGUCCUUCAACGGCGAUGCUGCCGCCAUCCAUACCUUGCUCUCGGGUCUGACCGGAUUUUUGAUUGUCGAGGGUAUCCUCUUGACGGUAUCAUUGUUCGCAGCUCAUUCCGUUCAUGCCAUUACCGGAGGUAUUUUACAUGUGUGGGCAUGGCCCUUCCGAUGGGUGUUCGCGCGUGUGCGACCGCACGUGGAGCCCCUGACGCAGCGCUUCCGGCCCCGUCCCAAAUCCCAGGCCCCCGAUCUACCCGAUCCACGAAUCUACGAGGAGAUUGCCAUGGAUGACAACGACGAUGCCAGUGAUCACGAGGAGGGAGAUCACCUACUCAACACGGAAUUGCCCAAUCGACUCCCAGAGUCGAAGCGAGUGACUGACGGUGUUCCCCAACGGGCGCUGAUUUUGGGACUGUUCAGCCUGUUCCUCUUCCUCCGGUUUUUGCGACCGUGGGACCCGGUCUAUAUGUAUAUGUCGACUUCGUUGCCCUUGAGCACAGUCAUUGAGGGCGCUGAGCGCGUUUCCCCGGUCGAUACUACCGGCACGCCGAGCUAUUUUGAUUAUUUGGACAGCUUUACCGCAUUGGCCCCAACAGUCCACUGGAAAUGGAUGGCGAAGGAGCCUAUUGGAGGCUUCGAGGAUUGGGAUCAAUCCAACCCCCAAGCCGUUCACUACAAUCCCCAGGUGGAUCCAUUGCACAUCUCGAAUCUCAACAAGCCAGUUCUGGAGGAGAUUCAUAAUGCCUUGGCUUCCGGCGAUGUCAAGAUCAAGCACGUCGUUUUCCUGAAACUCGAGAGUGCGCGUGCCGACAUCUUCCCCUUGCAAAAAGACAGCUUCAUGUACAAGCGUAUUGCCGAAACUUGGGAUGACAAGACGAUUCCCCCCGAGGUUGAAGACCGCAUUGCAAAUCUCACCCGCACUGCGCAGCUUCUGACCAACUUCCCCACCGGCUUCGAGCACAAUGAUAACCGUUUCAAUGGCCGCAAGGCUUACGGCGGCAUCAGUGCCAAGGAUGCCAUCACCACUUCCACGUACACUCUCAAGAGUUUGACAGGCAGUUUCUGUGGUGUGACACCCUUGGUGGCUGAUUUCAAUCGUGAAUUCGAUCACCACAUUUACCAACCGUGUCUGCCUCAGGUCUUCGACAUGCUUAACCAACAGCCCGACAUUACUAGCGAGAGUGAUGAUUUCACCAAGUGGCCAUGGCACUCGACGUUCAUGAUGUCCGUUACCGAAAUGUACGACAAUCAGAACAAAUUGACCCCUCACUUGGGAUUCCGCGACAAGCAAACCAAAGAGACAAUCACCAAACCCGAAGCGAAACAUUAUCCUGUCAAAUCCGAGGAGGUCAACUACUAUGGCUAUGUUGAACAGGAGCUCCGCGAGUACAUCCGGGACGCUUUCGACGACGCCGAACGUAAUCAUCAGCGUCUCCUCCUCACGCACCUCACGAGUACCACUCACCAUCCGUGGGGAGUCCCGAACAAUACCUACGAUGAGAUCAUGGGUUCCACGUCUGGUGCGAACAACGACCUGAACCAUUAUCUGAACACGGUGGGGUAUGUAGAUGAUUGGCUCUCAGAGCUUAUCGACAUUCUGGAGGAGAAGGGAGUUGCGAAUGAGACUUUGUUCGUCAUGGCAGGAGACCACGGUCUUUCCCUUCCCAAUGACGGCGGUAUCACUCCCUACGACAAUCCCCAUAUCGAUAGCCCGGUUAUUAGCAGUCAGAUCGUCCCCACCAUCAUCGACUUGUUGAUCGAGUCGGCAUCCUUGAGCACAGACAGCACGCGGGCCGCUCGUGACCUGCGCUCGCUCUACGAGGGACAAUCCUUGAUCCGACCCCAGGUCGUCAAGCAGGAUCAGCGUGAGGCCUGGCAUUUCACCGUCAUGAACACUGGUGGUUCAUGGCUCUCCGUUCGGUCGGCAGCCCGACCCGAAUUCCGCCUGGUCAUUCCUCUGGUCAACGACGUGGAAUGGCGUUUCUCCGAUGUGUCCAAGGACCCGAAUGAGCUGAGCCCGAUCGAGCGCUUCAGCCUCGUCGAUCUAGCAGCGGCCAUCAAAAAGGAGUAUGAUGAGGAAACCCUCAAUUGGCUGUACAAUGCAGCCUACGUCUCCAACUGGUGGGUGAUGGAUAACUGGGACCGGUGGGGAUUCUCUCCCAAGAACAAGACUGCCGAGACGUAG